CCCGAACGCGCAUGAGGUUGGGUCUGUCACCGGAGCAUCUCCCGCUGGAGCGAGGAUGAUGAACCGGUCGAAGACCCUGUCCAAGACCCGGGGCGAGGAAGACCAGGGGACCCGGUCCAGGACCCGGAGCGCGGAGCAGCAGGCUGCGGCCCCUCCCCUUCACCCCCCAGAGAAAGCUGGUUGGUUGAGGAGGUUUUGUGGGCGUGGCCUCUUCAGGGAGCUGUGGAGGAGCAGAUUCGUCUCGCUGAGAGGAGAGCACCUCCUGCUGUCAGACCAGGAAGUGAAUGUACUGUAAUAUAGAGGAGAGCACCUCCUGCUGUCAGACCAGGAAGUGAAUGUACACGUUAUACUACACCAUCAUCAUAUACUAUAAUAUAUAUACUACACUAUAAUAUACUAUAAUAUUCAUACUACACUAUAAUAUACUAUAAUAUUCGUACAACACUAUCAUAUACUAUAAUAUAUAUACUACACUAUGAUAUACAAACUACACUAUAAUAUAUAUACUACACUAUACUAUACACUAUAUACUAUUAUAGUAUACACACUUAACAUAUGCAUAAUAUAUGCUAUAAUAUUAUAUAUUAUUAUUAAAAACAUGCUGUGAGAUUAUGUUUGUGUAACAUAAUGUGUGUGGGUUGGUGGGGUCAGAGGUCAGGGCUCUGUGUGUGUGUGUGUGUGUGUGUGUGUGUGUGUGUGUGUGUGUGUGUGUGUGUGUGUGUGUGUGUGUGUGUGUAACAUAAUGUGUGUGUGUAGGUGGGGUCAGAGGUCAGGUCCCAGCGGGGGUCCGGGGAGCGGGUGGACCUCCUCCUCUACGACCGCUCUGAGGAGACCCGGAGCAGCAGGAGGCGCAGCAAGAAGGACCUCAGCCGCUUCUCCCUGAUUGGCUGUCCCACCGCGGGCCCAACGGUUCCUCACCUGGUGUUUCUUGCGGUGAGUCCAGAAGAAAAGGAAUCCUGGAUCAAUCAUCUCAACGCCGCCAUCCUCAGAGCCAAGAGCCACAUGCUGGACCAGGUCCGGGUGGAGGAGCAGGUGGUUCUGCUCCACCCAACCAGAGACCGCGUCCGGAUCCCUCCAAUCAGACGCCUUCCCAGUAGAGGACACCUGCUGAGUGUGUCCUCCUCCCAGGGCAUGUUGACCCUUGACCUGGUGGAGGAGGAGGAGCUCCAUCCUGGGGGUGCAGAGGUCAAAGGUCGGCAGCGGUCCGGUACCGACGCCUCCCAGCUGCGGCCGAGCCCCAGGGGGCCGGCCACCGGCAGCCUGCCCAGAGGCAGCGAGCGCUGCUGGGGCCGGCCGCGCCCGGAGGCCCCUCAGACCUCCAGGACCUCCAGACCUCCACACGCACAGCAGGUCCAGUCGUUGACGCCCCAGCUUGGGAAGCGGCUCAGCGCCCAGGGCAGGAGGCGCUGCUCCUCCAUGGACCAGGGCCUCUCCUCCAGACCGGCGAGGAUCCACUUUGAGUUCAGGGCUCAGGGUGGAGGUCAGGGUGGAGGUCAGGGUGGAGGUCCGGGUGGAGCUCCGGGUGGAGGUCAGGGUGGAGGUCCGGGUGGAGGUCAGGGUGGAGGUCAGGGUGGAGGUCCGCUCCAGAGCCUCAUCGCCCAGAAGAUGCAGCGAGCUCAGGAGCUCCUGGAGGAGCUUAGGCUCCAGGAGCUGCAAGAGGCGGGGCUUGGAGGAGGAGCCCCUCCUCUCAGGAAGGACAUCCACUCUCCACGACUCCGCCUCCUCCAUAGAGGCCCCUCCCCCUCCAGGUCUCCCAGGAGCAGAAGCAGUGACUCUAUUGGUCUGCGAGGGAAGGAGGCGUACAGCAGGAGAGGGAAGGGGUCUCCUCGAUCUAAAGCACGGACCCGCCCCUCCCCACCUCCCCCCUCCUCCCCCUCCUCCCCGCGCCUCCCCAGCUCCUCCUGCAGCCCAGAUGCUCCUGUCCUGGCUCAACAGAGCACCUCCUCUCCUCCUCUGAGGAGCAGCGAGGAGCCUCCACCUCCUCCUCUCCUCCUCGACUCCCAUCCUCCUCGGAGGCUCAGCGAGGAGUCUGCCACCGCCUCCUUCUCCCCCGAGGCCUCGAAGAACGCCUGCACCUCCCCUGCCCUGACGCCCGCCUCCCCGCCGGCUGAGGAGGAGCAGGCGAAGGAGAAGGAGGAGGAGGAGUCUGAGCAGCGUGAGGAGGAGGAGCAGUGUGAGGAGCAGGAGGAGGAGGAGUCUGAGCAGUGUGAGGAGGAGGAGGAGGAGGAGGGGAAGUCUGAGCAGCGUGAGGAGGAGCAGCAGCGUGAGGAGGAGCAGGAGGAGGAGAAGUCUGAGCAGUGUGAGGAGGAGGAGGUGGCGUGUCGCCGUGCGGAGGCCGUGCGUCUCCUAGAGGAGGCGGUGUGCUCCUGGAAGGAGGCGCAGGAGGUGCUGGAGGAGGUGAAGGCGCUGCAGAGUCUGACCCUGAGGAGGCGGCGCCGGACGGCCGACGGGAAGACUCCUCCGUCUCCCACGGCAACCGCCGCCCCCCCGCAGGGCGACGCCCUCCAGGGUGAGGAUAGGCCCGCCUCUGUGGUAGACGAGGACCAAUCAGAGACAAGCUGACUUUCUUAAUGCCGUGGCAACACAUUCAACCUCUUCUGCCCACCCAUGCUUUUACAGCACAUGCACAAACGUAGGACGUCGUUCUGAAACAUUUCUAUAACAUUUGUAAAAUGGGACUCGUAUUUAUCUAUGCUAAUAUUUAUACGAAGAUCAAUACCAGCAAUACCUCAGAGCUUACUGCUUUGGCCAAUCAGGUGAUCUAAGUGGAUCGUCAGUGCCGUCACUCUGUAGUGACAUCACUGUGAUGUCAGAGGGGAAGUCCGUUCUGCUGCUCCAAAAACUGUUUACAACUUAGUACGACAAGAUGCAUGUUUACACUGAUGCACUGGUGAAUCAUUAAUGUGGUGUUCUUGUUGUUGUUGUUGUUGUUGUUGUUGUUGUUGUUGUUGUCAGAAGGUGAGUGCUGCAGCAGCAUUCAACUAUUGUUCCUCUUAGGCUUUCUUCUCUCUUUCUUUAUUAUUCUCUACAAAUGCCAGGACCCUUCUCCUUCCUGUUACACCUAGUGACUCCAUUCCACUUGUAUAAUGUUCAUAGCUUGAAAUUGCGAGCUACCGUUCAAAUUUUUAACAAUUAGAAACUUUUUAAAAUAUUCCACUUUUUCCGCCCAUUCUCCGACACUUCAACUACUUCUGACUUCGUAACUUGGUUAAUUGAUUAACUUUAACUUUGAUUCAAACAUAUCACAUGAAGACACUUUGAUCUUCAAAUAUAUCCGAUUUUCGAUAUCAUUUAUACUACUACUACACAUCAGGUGUAAUCCCGGUAGAAGCUGAAGACUAACAUCACUGCUUAAAAAUUCCAUGGAAUACAACGGUAUAAGCCCCAUCAUUUUGUGAGCUUAUCUCUAUAAACUAUAUGUGAAAGAAUAACUUUAAUUGCACAAUUUCCCAAGUGACUACAAGUGAUGACACACACACAAAUAAAAGCUCAGCUAUGCUAUAUUUA